GUCUGGGACCCUCCAUAUUGGAAUCACUGUAUGCUGCUAGGGAAGCUGUUGCUCAGCUUCGGUGGCGCGGUGACGCUGUAAGUGCUGGGCGAUGGUGAGAAGACGCCAGCGGCUCCCAGAAGUGGACAUGGGGUUGGUGUCAUUUGAAGACGUAGCAGUGGACUUCACUUGGCAGGAAUGGCAGGAGCUGGAUGCUGCUCAGAGGACCCUCUACAGGGACGUGAUGCUGGAGAACUAUAGGAGCCUGGUGUGGCUGGGGCACUGUUUAGCCAAACCUGAGUUGAUCUCCAAGUUGGAAGAAGGAUUUGAACCGUGGGGUGUUGCAGAAGCCACAGAGCAGUGCCUACCAGGUGUCCGUAAAUGGAGUGCCCCAGUUGAAAAAGGCCAGCAAAGUCAAGAGAAGUAUUUGAGGCAAGUCAAAAUCAUCAAGAAAAAUACACCAGAUGAAGAUAAGGUUGAAGUAGAAAACACAUACAAUGUGGACUCAAACUGCAUUUCAAAUAUGACUCUGAAGAAUGAAGUCUGUUCUAGAGUGUUCUUUCAGGAGCUUGUUAAUCCAUUGCUAGAUGUACCUUUGCCUACUGAGGCUGGCGAGAGGCAGAGUACAGAAGUACCUCAUGAUCUGAAUAGAACUCAGGAAGUUCUCUCAUAUCCCAAGCAUUUCACUCACCAUAGCAAGGAUCAGUAUUCACAGUGUUGUUUUCAGUACUUUGGACCAGAUGAAGCCUUCCACACAAAAGCAAUAUUAACACCUGAGAUGUUUUAUGUUCAGGAAACCUCUAGGACAUGCAAUAACUAUGAUAAAUCCUUUGAUGAGGUAACAAUUCCUGCCCAAUAUAUGACUCAGUUAAGAAAGCAAACUUUGGGAUGGAAUAUAUGUCAUAAAAUAUUCCCUAACAAGACCGAACUUAGCAACCAUGACGCUAUGCACACUGGAGAGAAUGAUGAUAAAUGUGAUUACGAGAAGCCUAUCAUUAACAAGUCAUUAUACCUUACAAAACAUCAGGAAGCACAUGCAGGGAUAGAGCCCCAAGCACACAAAGAAAACAUCAAAUUCUUCUGCCUAGAUGCCGAGCUGCAAACAGUUGAUCCAGAACUUCACGGAGAGAAACAAGUUUACGAAUGUAAAGUAUCAGGGAAAACCUUCCGCCACCAGCCAGAGCACAUCAGCCAACAGAGACCACACGCCUGUGAGAGAGCCUGCCAGGCUAAGGAACAUGGGGAAGCUGGCUGUGAUGAGCCAGCCCUCACCCAACACCAGAGACUUUGUACAGAGGAGAAGGCCUGUGAGGGGAAAGCAUGCAGCAAGGCUUUCCACCACAAGUCACUGCUGCCUCAGUAUCAGAGCGCUCGCGCAGAUGAACAGCAAAGUGACUGCAAAGAAUUAAUGAAAAUUUACUUCUACGUUUCAAGCCCCACGCAGCAUCACGGACCUCCUCCUCCUGAGAAACCUUUCAGGUGUAAUGAUUGUCUGAAGACUUUCUCCCACAAGUCACAGCUCGAGCGACAUCAGAGAAUGCACACAGGGGAGAAACCCCAUGAAUGCAAAGAAUGCAGGAAAGCCUUCUGUCACAAGUCCCACUUAAUCCGGCAUCAGGGAAUCCAUGCGCCUGAGAAACCCUACGAAUGUAACGAAUGUAAGAAAUCUUUCUACCUGAGGUCACAGCUCACUCUACAUGAGAGGACGCACACCGGGGAGAAGCCCUUCGAGUGUAAAGAAUGCCGGAAAGCUUUCUCCCGUAAUUCACACCUCACUCAACAUCAGAAGAUUCAUACAGGGGAGAAGCCACAUAAGUGUAAAGAAUGUGGGAAUGCGUUUGCCCGCAAGUCACAUCUCAUUCAGCAUCAGAAAACCCACACAGGGGAGAGGCCCUAUGAAUGUAAAGAGUGCAGGAAAGCUUUCUCUCGUAAGUCCCAACUGAUGCAGCACGAGACAACUCACACUGGUGAGAGAGCCUACGAAUGCAAAGAAUGCAGGAAGACUUUCUAUCUCAAGGCGUACCUCACUCGCCACCAGGUAAUCCAUCAGUCUGAAAAGCCGUUUGAAUGUAAGAAAUGCGGGAAAGCUUUCUCUCGGAAGUCAUACCUCACACGACAUCAGAAGAUACACAAAGGUCAAACCCUAUCUGGGUAAGAAACUUUAGGGAUGUAAACGAUGGAGAAGGUUCUUAAGCUAGUUGGACUUAACAGGUGAGAAGCCCCAUGCGUGUAGGAAAAUGUGCUAUUGUUACGUCUUGGCUGACAUCAGAAAUCCCAUGCUAGUAAUGAACAAAUGGAAAAGUGUGAAAGAAAGCUUUGCACAGGAGUUAUGUCUCACUAUAGGUCAGUGAGUAUGCCAGUGAGAAGCCAUGGGAAAUGCAGGGAUGCUGUGUUUAAGUUACACCUCAUCAUACAUUCGUAAAUGUAUACAAGUGAGAAACCCUGUGACUAUAAAGGAUGUAGUAGAGCUGCCUGAGAACUUAUAACUGCCAUUUAAGUUUCAAUAACAAGGGAAAUUUUUCAACAAGGGAGACCCCACCGCCUGACAGAAAACUCCCACCGGUGAUAAGCCGCGCUCAUCUAGGGGAGUUGAGCGCCUGGCAAGUAAGGACUCCCAUGAGUGUAAAUGAUGCUGAGAUGUUUCAAGGAGCGCUUGCUUUUCAUCUCUGCUCUCUUAGUGUUGCUGCUUACAUCUCACUCAUACUGAGACAAAGCUAGCCUGGACGACAGAGUAAUACACCUGAGGCAAAGCUAGCCUGGACGACAGAGUAAUACACCUGAGACAAGGCUAGCCUGGACAAUGGAGUUAUACACCUAUCUUUUUUUUUUUCUUGAGACUAGAUUUCCCUGUGUAGACCAGGCUAGUUUCAGACUCAUGGACACUGACCCUCUGCCUCUGCCUCUGCCUCUGCCUCUGCCUCUGCCUCUGCCUCUGCCUCUGCCUCUGCCUCUGCCUCUGCCUCUGCCUCUGCCUCUGCCUCUGCCUCUGCCUCUGCCUCUGCCUCUGCUCUCCUCACAAGUACUUGGAUUAAAGGCAUAUGCUACCACACCUGGCUUGUAGUAAGAUGUUUUUAAUAAAGAAGGUUCAGUCAAACUGUAUUGGACACUCUCCUUAUAGGAUAUGAGAAACACACCCGUUUGGAACCAUAUGUAAGUAUUCUAAAAAAAAAAAAAA